AUGGCAUCAGGGUCGAAGAAUGAUAUUGUAAAUAGAUUAUUAAACGUUAGGCUUGAUGAAGGUGCGGGAGGUGACGAAUUGCCUCCACAGAACAUGCUUCCUUCAAACCAACAUGCUCGCCAGUUGGGUCAUGUUGCUGAUGAAGACAAUGGACAAAACAACGAGCCUAUACCAUCUUCCUCUGCUAUAGAAAAUCUGCAGCUGACCAACAACACCGGUGGCCGUUUACAUAACUGGCAGGCUACAAAAACAACGGUCAAAGAGCGAUUGUCUUUCCUUUUUAAUAACGAAAUAUUGUCCGAUGUCCAUUUCAUUGUGGGUAAAGAUGCAAAUCAACAAGUUAUACCGGCCCAUAAGUUUGUGUUAUCUGUUGGGAGUGCGGUGUUCGAUGCUAUGUUCAAUGGUGUAUUAGCUACAAAGUCUGAAGAAGUCGAACUGCCAGAUGUUGAGCCAGCAGCUUUCCUACAUUUGUUAAAGUUCUUAUAUUCAGAUGAAGUCAGGAUUGGGCCUGAAAGUGUGAUGACGACACUAUAUACCGCCAAGAAAUAUGCUGUGGCAGCAUUAGAGGAGCAUUGUGUGGAUUUCCUUAAAAGCAACUUGGGAACCGACAAUGCCUUUUUGUUGCUGACACAAGCACGGCUGUUUGAUGAGCCACAGCUGGCUGCUUUAUGUCUUGAAAUGAUAGAUAAGAAUACAGCAGAUGCAUUGAAUGCAGAAGGCUUCACUGACAUUGAUCAAGAUACUUUGAAUGCUGUUUUAGAAAGAGAUACCCUACGGAUUAGGGAAGCAAAAAUAUUUUCUGCUGUUCUACGCUGGUCAGAAGCAGAAUGCAUACGUCGUCAGCUCCCAGUCACUCCUGGACACCAACGCAUGGUUCUUGGCCGGGCCUUUAACGCAAUAAGAUUUCCGUUGAUGUCUGUAGAAGAGUUUGCAAUGGGGCCAGCUCAAAGUGGCUUGCUUGAUGAUCGAGAGAUUGUCCAACUCUUCCUUUAUUUCACAGUGAAUCCUAAACCAAAUGUAGGAUUCCUAGAUACUCCAAGGUGCUGCAUGACAGGGAAAGAACUGACUGCGAACAGGUUCCCACAGACUGAAUCUCGGUGGGGAUAUAGUGGGACUUCUGAUAGAAUAAGAUUUACAGUGGAUCAGAGGAUUUUUGUUGUAGGUUUUGGACUCUAUGGAUCAUAUUUUGGACCAACUGAAUAUGAAGUACAUUUGCAAAUAAUCCACUUGGCAACAAAGAAGGUGUGCGGCUCGAACACGACGACGUUUUGUUGCGACGGCAGCGAUGACACAUUCCGGGCCAUGUUUAAAGAACCCGUUGAAAUAUUGCCUAACACUUCUUAUAUAGCCAGUGCUAAACUUAAGGGCACAGACUCCUACUACGGGACUAAAGGCCUGCGCCGCGUUAUGGUGGACUGCAACAAUGGCGAAAAGGUCGUAUUCCAGUUCUCGUAUGCAGCUGGCAACAACAACGGCACCUCGGUCGAGGACGGACAGAUACCCGCGAUCAUCUUCUACAUAUAA